CGAUAGUUUAGGUAAUGUGUGAGCCAGGCUUUGGGCGUUGUUUUUAUUGCUGCAGUUAAGAAAUUUAUUAAUUCUUAAUUAGAAACGUAUUUGCAUUGCUCAAAAGUUGACUUAAAGUGUGUCAAGUCACAAUUUCAGUUGCCAUAAAUUGAGCGCAAAUGACAAUACGGCGUUGUGUUAGUGUGCAGCAAGUAAAGCGUGUAGCUAAUAGAGAAAAAGGCCAGUGACUGCAUUGUCAACGGCAUCUACAAUUACAGCCAUAAGUAAAUAAUGUCCACUAUCGAAGACGAGCGUAAAGCGUACAUUAAUAAUCCAUAUUUCACUGGACCCAUCUACGGCAGCUACAAGCCGUUUUAUGUGACGAUUGCAAUUUGCACAGUAAUCCUUGGGUCAAUAAUUGUAUUAAACAUUAUCUUGGGCUGCUGUUCCAAACACCGCAAGUACUGGCAGGACAGGCACACAGGCAAUCGCUGGUUAGUUUCCAUUUGGUCUUCAACGCCGCACAAGCAACCUCCCCUAGAUUUCACUGAGCUUAAGGACGCAUCCUACUUCGAUCGUUUCCAUCCUACUACACACCAGCAAGUGUUCCCUGACGACGUCGUCAUAACCGUUGACGAUUUAGAGCCCGUACACCAGUCGCAUCAUCAACGUCCACCACGUCCAGAAGGUCGUACAUUGCAUCAACAACGCCAGCGUGAAGAAUACGUUGAGUUGCAAAAGCGUGAAAGCGACAUCUAAGCCAUGGCAUUAUACAUUCUAUAUCCAGCCGUUGCUGCUCUGGCGCUCUUUGUUAUAGGCGUCAUCAUUAUCAUGCUGCGCUAUGGGCCGCGUCUAUGCGGGCUACGUCAUCAUGCUCUGCCUGACAACCAUGACUUGCGGGAGAAAACCUACGAGCAUGAGAUUAGUUAUGCCUGAUACUUUGCGCCAUUUUCAUAAUUGUCUUUUAAUAUAUUAAUGCAGCACA